GAAAGUUUACGUUCGACACCCUGUACAUAUUAAAGUUGAUACAAAUAUUCAGCAUUCACUCGGUAUUGAAGAUGAAUUCCAUCAGCUGUUGAGUCCACAUUUGGUUAACAAUAUGUAUACAGUGGCAUCUUGUGAAGCUUUUUCGUUGUUUUUGUGCAUGUGGCUGACUUGCUUGGUUUUAUCAGGAGGACAAUUCAUAAUUAGUUUUCCUAAAUACAUAAGUUGCAAGAUUCCAAAAGGCCAAGUAUGCCUGGAGUUGAGAAAAUGCGCGGAUCAACUUCCAAAUGGAAGUCCAUACAUUAAUGCGAUGGGAGUUCAACAAUGUGGUUUUUAUACAUGUUGCAACAGAACCGAGGCUUUUUCAAGUUACCCACAACUCCCACCAGACAUGAUUGACCAGGACGAAGAAGAUCUAUGGAAUGAGCCCACCAUUUUCAAUCGAGUAUUUCGCAAAAACCAACCGAAACCACAAGAAAUGUCACCAGAUAAAAGUUUCAUUUCUCGAAGCUGCAAGUCUUCCAUGGGAGAACGCUGUAUAAAAUUACGACACUGCCCUUUCUUUGAUACCCUGAUCCAGAAUAGCCCAAGACCGCUACCAAGAGCGGUCUUCAAUAUCAUCAGAAGACACCACUGUGGCGCUAUCGAAAAUAUUCCUUAUGUCUGUUGUAACGCAACUACCGAUAGUUUGACACCAGCGUUAAAAGAGAAAAACGAUCAAGCCACAAUGACAGAUGCUUUUAGUGAAUCUUUGAUGAUGCAUCCAAAUUAUAAAAUGUUGCCCCGGAAUUGUGGACCAGUGAUGACAGAGCUCUUAAGUUCCAGGAUAACAAAUGGGAGGACCACAGGUCUAAAUGAAUUCCCAUGGAUGGCUUUGAUUGCAUACCGAACAGAUGAAGAUGAUGGUGAUGCCAUUUUCAAAUGUGCUGGGACUCUUAUCAGUAAUAGAUUCGUGCUGACAGCUGCACAUUGCAUUUUAGAUUCUACAAUAAUAGGCGUUCGUUUGGGAGAAUACGACGUGGAUAAAACAGAAGACUGUGAUAAGAACACACUUUAUUGUGCACCAUUACCUCAAGAUAUUCCUAUAGAAAAUAUUUUCGUGUAUCCUGACUACAGUAGAAGGGGUUGGAAGAAUGAUAUCGCCAUGAUAAAACUCGCUGUACCAGCAAAUUUUACAGAUAACGUUCAACCGAUUUGUUUGCCAACCAAAGACGUGGAUUUAACUGGCAAAUUUGUUACUAUUUCUGGUUGGGGUGUUACUGAGACCGGUUUCCAAAGUUCGAUACUUCGAAAAGCCUUCGUCUCUGUUCUCAAAUUAUCUGACUGCCAGAAAAUUUUCAAAAAAAUACCGCCGACAGCAACACAAAUCUGCGCCGGUGGCAGUGGCGGCGUAGAUUCUUGUGCAGGCGAUAGCGGGGGCCCUCUGAAAAUCGAAGAAAAAUUAGGAGGAACUGUCAGAUUUGUACAGCAUGGGAUCGUUUCCUACGGACGUAGACAGUGUGGUACCAAUGGCGUGCCUGCCAUUUAUACUAGGCUGGCAAAGUAUAUGAAGUGGAUUUUGGACAAAUUGGACACAUAGAUGGACAAUGUUUAGUUUUAACUUCUAACUGAAAUGACUAUAUAUUACACAAUAGUGGUCGGUGGUUUUAAUUCCCUUUUUUUUCUAUUCUUCAAAUCUUAUCCCUAUAACAAUAAU